GCCUCCGCAACUGCGAUGACUGUAACAAGCGCCGUUUCGGCACUGGCUAAUGGUGGUUGCUCGGUGAAGAAGAUACCGUUGUCCGAGCAUUGCGAUCGGGGUCCAAUGGCCGCGGCGAUGUCCACGUGCUUGCUGAGUCGGGGGCUGAGUGGACCGAGCCGGAGGGACUCGAGCUUCCCGCGGCCCUUCGCUUCGCUCGCCUCUCACCGCCGGGUUCUCCCCGCUUCCUGCAAGAUGCGGCAGCGCAGUCUCAGUUCUCGGAGUAGGAGACCGCAAGUUAAGAAGGCUUCGCCGGAUAGGCCGCCUUCGAUUGUUGUUAAUGGAGAGGGCGAAGGCGGUGGUGCUUCGGCCGAGAGCGCGCGUAGCGCCGAUCAGGAAAUUGUGUCUGAAUCUGAGGAAGAUGAUUCCGAUGGAGUCGUGAUCGAUGUGGAGAAUGAGAAUGUUGAUACAGAAGAAGUUUCUAACAGUACGGCGUUGGAGACAAAUUUGGCGAUUGUCAGUGAUACGGGGCAGCACUUAUCCAGUAUUCAAGUUGAUGAUCUGAUGGGCAUGAUAAAGAGUGCGGAAAAGAAUAUUCUACUCCUCAACCAAGCCAGGGUGAGUGCACUUAAGGAUCUUGAUAACAUACUCUCUGAGAAGGAAGCACUGCACGGAGAAAUUAACAAUUUGGAGAUGAAGUUAGCAGAAACGGAUGCACGAAUAAGAGUUGCUGCCCGGGAAAAGAUGCAUGCAGAACUUUUAGAAGAUCAGUUAGAGGAGCUACGGAGCGAAUUGAUACAAAGAAGUGAGCUAAGCAUUGAAAAGAAUGAGCAUAGUAUUUAUGAGAAUCAGAACAUCCAAUUGAAUGCAGAAAAACCUUCAUCGUAUCAAACUAGCUCUCAUUUCCUUAGUAAGGAGCUUAGUUCCCUGAGGGCAGAGAAUAUCUCUCUAAAAAGUGACAUCGAAGCCCUUAAGGCAGAGCUUAAUAGUGUUAAGGACACAGAUGAGCGUGUGAUGAUGCUGGAAAAACAAAGGUUCCAUCUUGAGUCAGCUCUAAAGGAUCUAGAAUCUAAACUUUCAGUUUCUCAGGAAGAUAUUUCCAAACUUCCAUCUUUAAAGUUUGAGUACAAGGACCUAUGGGAAAAGGUAGAAAAUUUGCAACCAUUGCUUGAUAGGGCCACUGCACUGGCUGAUCAAGCUAUUGUAGGGUUACAGCAAAACCAGGUACUGCGGAAGAAGGUUGAUAAGUUGGAAGAGACUCUUGAAGAAGCCAACGUUUACAAGGUGUCCUCUGAAAAAUUGCAGCAAUAUAAUGAACUGAUGCACCAAAAGAUUAAGCUGUUAGAGGAGCGCCUUCAGAGGUCGGACGAAGAGAUUCAUUCGUAUGUUCAGUUAUAUCAGCAAUCCGUUAAGGAAUUUCAAGAUACUCUCAAUACCUUGAAAAAGGAAAGCAGGAAAAGGAUGCUUGAUGAACCGGUGGAUGAUAUGCCACAUGGAUUUUGGAGCCAUUUAUUGUUGAAGUUUGAUGGUUGGUUACUUGAGAAAAAAAUAUCUGCUGAUGAUGCUAAGCUUUUGAGAGAAAUGGUGUGGAAAAGGGAUAGACACAUUUGUGAUGCGUAUAUGGAAUGCAAAGACAAAAGUGAACGCGAGGCCUUGGCCAUCUUUUUAAGACUCGUAUCAGCACCCUCGAGCCCAGGAUUGUAUGUCGUUCAUAUAGCUGCAGAGAUGGCACCUGUUGCUAAGGUUGGUGGGUUGGGGGAUGUCGUGACUGGUCUUAGCAAGGCACUCCAGAAGAGAGGACACCAUGUUGAGAUUAUUGUUCCGAAAUAUGACUGCAUGCAAUAUGACCGUAUGCUCGACCUAAGGGCCUUAGAUGCUGUUGUAGAAUCUUAUUUUGAUGGCAGACUGUACAAAAACAAAGUCUGGGUUGGCACAAUCGAUGGCCUUCCCGUUUUUUUUAUUGAGCCUCUUCAUCCCGAUAAGUUCUUCUGGAGAGGACAAUUCUAUGGAGAGCAUGAUGAUUUCAGGCGGUUUUCAUUUUUCAGUCGUGCAGCAUUGGAGUUGCUUCUUCAAUCUGGCAAGAGACCUGACAUUAUCCAUUGCCACGAUUGGCAAACAGCUUUUGUUGCACCAUUGUAUUGGGAUUUGUAUGCCCCAAAAGGCUUGGAUUCUGCAAGAAUUUGCUUUACAUGCCACAACUUUGAGUAUCAAGGGACUGCACCUGCUUCGGAAUUGGCAUCAUGUGGUCUCGAUGUUCAAGAACUAAACAGGCCAGAUAGAAUGCAGGACAACUCUGCACAUGAUAGGGUCAAUCCUGUAAAGGGUGCAGUUGUCUUUUCCAAUAUUGUCACAACAGUAUCUCCAACCUAUGCACAGGAGGUCCGGACAGCUGAGGGUGGAAAGGGUCUGCAUUCAACACUGAAUCUCCAUAGUAAAAAGUUUGUCGGAAUUCUUAAUGGUGUCGACACAGAUGAAUGGAAUCCUGCAAUUGAUGCUUUCCUUGAAGUUCAGUACAGUUUUAAUGAUAUCCAAGGAAAAGCAGAAAAUAAACGAGCAAUAAGGAGGCAACUAGGUCUCUCUUCUGCAAAUGCCUCGAAACCAAUGGUGGGCUGCAUAACAAGACUGGUGCCACAAAAGGGUGUACAUCUUAUUAGGCAUGCUUUGUACCGAACACUGGAGCUUGGAGGGCAGUUUCUACUACUUGGUUCAAGUCCUGUGCCACAUAUUCAGAGGGAGUUUGAGGGUAUUGCAAAGCAAUUUCAAAAUCAUGGUGACAUUCGGCUGAUAUUGAAGUACGACGAGUCUCUUUCCCAUCGCAUUUUCGCAGCAUCUGAUAUGUUAAUCAUUCCAUCAAUCUUUGAGCCUUGUGGUCUCACCCAGAUGAUAGCAAUGAGGUAUGGAUCAAUACCCAUUGCAAGAAAGACAGGUGGACUAAAUGACAGCGUUUUCGACGUAGACGAUGAAACUAUUCCUUUCCAGUUUCGAAAUGGAUAUACAUUCUUGAAUGCCGAUGAACAGGGAGUGAACGGUGCUUUGGAACGUGCAUUUAACCACUACAACAAUGACCCACAGAGCUGGCAGCAGCUAGUUCACAAGGUCAUGAACAUUGAGUUCAGUUGGGAUCCUUCAGCAUCACAGUACGAGGAACUCUACUUGAGAUCUGUGGCAAGAGCUAGGGCAGCACGAUGAAGCUAAGAUUGCUCGACAAUGGUUUGUGAUGGAGCAAGUGCUUGUUCUGUCAACCAGAGUAUUCUCAAUGGCACAGUUUUCUACAUGGCGGGUGCAGGAUAAAUUUCAGUCAAUGUGUGGACAUUCAGAGAAACCUAGAUAUCAAUCUUGCGCAGCUGAAUGGAGAGUUCAUCCUCAAUGUCGUAAUGUUCUCUCAUCAUUUUUGACAGAGCAGUGCCAUUGAUUGGUACAUACUUGCAGCACAUCGUAGCCUAUGCAAUUUGUGUUCAUAUUCUUUAAAUUAUUCUUUCACUCGUUGUAUGGCAGCAGGCGAUGUCUGCGCCGCUUCUUUUAAGCUAUAAACAACGAAAAGUUGUGUGUAUAUAUAACUGUAUAAAGUGUUGUAACAUUUCGGAUAUGAGCAUGACCAUGUUCUUUUCAUUGGUUCUA